AGCCAAUCUUGGCUCGCGGCUAGGCUCCGGGGCGGAGCUGGGUGGUUUGAGGCCAGGAGGAGAGGCCCCCGGGAGGUGAGCUAGGUCUCUACUCCGCACUGGUGGGUCGGUACGCGGUAGGCUUUCCUGGAGGUGGUCAUUGCGAACCUGGCAUCCGAGAGCAUCAUGGUGGGAGGCCUGAAGAGGAAACACUCAGAUUUGGAAGAGGAGGAGGAGGAUGAAAAGUGGGACUGGAGUCCAGCAAGCCUUCGGAGCUGCCAACAAGCUCUGCUACGCAUCUCCCUAGACAAAGUCCAGCGCAGCCUGGGCCCCCGAGCACCCAGCCUCCGCAGGCAUGUCCUCAUCCACAACACCCUACAGCAACUCCAGGCUGCCAUUCACUUGGCUCCAGCACCUGCCCUGCCCCCCGAGCCCCUCUUCCUGGGCGAAGAAGAUUUCUCCCUGUCCACCACCAUCGGCUCUAUCCUCAGGGAGUUGGAGACAUCCAUGGAUGAGACAGAAGCACCUCAGAAUCCAGUGGCUCCCCCAGGCCUCCAGAACGAAGUGCUUCCCCAACCUGACCCAGUCUUCUUAGAAGCUCUGAGCUCCCGGUACCUGGGGGACUCUGGCCUGGAUGACUUCUUUCUGGACAUUGACACAUCUGCAGUGGAAAAGGAGCCUGCACUGGCCCCCCCAGAACCUCCUCACAACCUCUUCUGUGCCCCAGGGUCCUGGGAAUGGAAUGAACUAGAUCACAUCAUGGAAAUCAUUCUAGGAUCCUAAAAACUACCAAGGGGACAGAACCCUUCCUCACGGCGGCCUCAGUGGGCUGGAUCCCUGGAUGCAACUUGUGUGUUUUGAUGGGGGCUCCAGAUAGUGACUAUGGUCUCCUUUCCUCCCAUUUCAGGGUUCCACAAACUUACUUGCAUGUGUGUGUCUCUGGUUACCCCCGCCUUCUGUGAAGGUGGGUCUUCCUGAAUUAAUUUAUCUGUUCCAAAUGCCUUAAUGAGACUCUGUUUCUGGGAGUCUGACUUCUCACAUUUCUUCUGCCUUUCCUCCAGUUCCCACUCCCCUUGUGACCACUGGGUCCUCAGGGAAGAUAAAGUGGGGCCUGUCAACAGUGGCAGGGGUGUGCUGCCAGGUUGCUCUAGAAACCCAGGCUCUGCCUCUUGAGGGAGUGGGAGGGGCUGGUCUCCUUCCCCCAGGCUGAACCCCACUUCCUUGGCAGGACCCCAGCCCCAGCAGCUUCCUGAUUCAGAACCAGGCCGGACCACGUGCAAUAGGGUGGAAACCAAACUGCUCCAUGCCGCGUUAUUUAAAAAGAAAGGCAGGGUUUGUGGUGGCUUUUUUUUUUUUUUGAUUGUUUAAUUUUUUUUUUUAUUUUAA